AUGCCACAGCGUGUGCCUUUCGGGCAGACACCGGCGGCUACUUCUCCGUUUGGACCCUCGAUCUUUAGCAGCUGGAACCCGACAACCCGUGAGCGCGGGUCUACCCUUGCAAGCAUUGCGAGUCUUGGCUCCAAUGGCCCUAGCUCGCCCGCCCAGUCGGCAUUUUCUCGCGAGGGUCCGGGGGAGAACGACGUCCAUAUGCGGACAUUGGACUACCUGGGCCUUGUCGAGACACCUCAACCGCCCCGCGCAACGCUCGCCACCCCGUACAUGCCGAACAUCGCAGACUUAUCUCGGUCCAGCCGAUUCCGUUCAUACUCCGUUAACAACAAGGACAAGUACGCCGAUGACGAAGACGAGGACGAUUUCGAUGCCAACAUAGCUGGGUUUGGGACAGACUAUGCUGCCGUGCUGCAAGGACAAAUCGAUGCAACAAACGCGGCGAUUCAUAGCCAUAACCUGGCAGUGCAGGCCUUUGCAAACCAGGCUGCUAGCCGGCCUCGCGCGAGAACCGCAGGCGUCUUGGACGCUCCUGGGGCACGCGUGCUGCGCGGCUAUUUCCCUACACAGUCCCGCCUGGACAGCAGCUUAACCGCCUCGGACAUCCAAUUGCCCGAAGAGAAAGACUUCGACAAUGACAUGACCACUGCUAUGGCAGGAAUGGGGCUGGGCCGUUCCAACAGCAGCAACAACAACAGCGCGGGUGCUGCCAACAACACAGGUGGCUUCCUAUCGCCCGAUGAGCCCGGCCUCGAGGGCCCGACGAGUGCCUUGUGGCUAGGAAGCAUUCCGACCUCGACCACCACGUCCACCCUGACCGAGAUGUUCAAGUCGUACGGCCCUAUCUUGUCCGCACGAGUUUUGACUCUGAAGAAUUGCGGCUUUGUCAAUUUUGAACGCGUCGAUAGUGCUGUCGCUGCCAAGGCAAGCCUGAACGGGAAAGAGAUCUUCCCUGGGGCUGGGCCUGUGCGAAUUAACUUUGCAAAGCCACCGUCGUCUUCCAACACCCCUGGUCAUGACGGCGUCUAUCCUUCUCCAAGCCCUGAUCCGUUUGCUGCCGACAACAAGCUGUCUGGUUCGCUGUCUGCUGCACCGGGCUCCACAGCUGGCUCAUCCACGCCUGGAGUUUUUCCUGCGGCAAGUGGACCAGCUGGCGCAGAGGGUUCUUCUCCCGGCACUGGAGGAUCGACCGUCAUUCCGCCUGCGGUGUCAUCUCCGGACGCACUCGGCAAGAUUUCGAACGAUGUCAUGAGAAUUGUUGGCCAAUUCGGUGCCUCUGACGAGGAUACCUACCGCAUUUCUUCCAUCGUACAGGAAGCUGUUCAGUUCACCACCUUUAUUGACGAAAUUCCGCCUGUCGCGGAACCCUCCAGUACCCGUGUCUACGAUGCUCCCAAGCUGCGCGACAUCCGGAAACGCAUCGACAACCAAAGCUAUUCCCAGGCAGAGAUCGAGCGCAUUGCUGUUGAGAUGCUUCCCGAGAUCGCAGAGCUUUCAUCCGAUUACCUUGGCAACACAGUUGUGCAGAAGCUGUUUGAGCACUGCUCAGACGACCUUCGCGAUGAUAUGCUGGCGGAAAUUGCUCCUCACAUAGCAGAGAUUGGUGUUCACAAAAACGGUACGUGGGCCGCACAAAAAAUUAUUGAUGUCUGCAAGACGCCCCGCCAAAUGGCUCUGAUUUCCGAAAACGUGCGUCCCUACACUGUGCCGCUUUUCCUGGACCAGUACGGCAAUUAUGUUCUCCAAGGCUGCCUCAAGUUCGGUGCACCGUACACCGACUUCAUUUUCGAGACCAUGAUCAGUCGUCUCUGGGAAAUCUCCCAAGGCCGUUUCGGUGCACGUGCUAUGCGCGCGUGCCUCGAAAGCCACCAUGCCACUAAGGAUCAGCAGCGGAUGCUUGCUGCGGUCAUUGCCUUAAACAGCGUCCAAUUGGCUACCAAUGCCAAUGGUGCGUUGUUGUUGACGUGGUUCCUUGACACGUGCACCUUCCCCCAACGGCGCACAGUGCUCGCACCCCAGCUUGUCCCCUACCUUGUUCACCUGUGCACCCACAAGGUCGCUUAUCUCACGGUGCUCAAGGUUGUGAACCAGAAGACGGAGCCCGAAGCCCGGGAUACCAUUCUCCAGGCCCUCUUCUCUUCGUCCAACGACUCCGUCCUUGAGGCCAUCCUCAGCGACAACGCUUGCGGUUCCACAUUGAUAUACAAGGUGAUCACGACGCCCUUCUUUGAGGAGUCGUUCCGUGGCCAAAUAGUAGAAAGUGUCAAGAAUGUCCUCGUUCGCAUUAAGGCGCAGCCUUCUCAGGGCUACAAGCGCUUGAUGGACGAGGUUGGGCUAUCUACCAGAAACAGUGGCGGCAGUGGCAGCAGUGGCGGCAACGGUGAUCAUAGGGGAUCCCGCGACCGCGACCACAGCUCCAACAACGAGAAGCAACGGCCCUCAUCUAGACAAGCCAAUGGCCACCAGCACCAAAACCACCACGGCCAACAGGGCAGCCAUCAGCACCAACAACAGCAGCAGUCUCAUUCCCACUCGCACCACCAACACCAGUCGCAGCAGCCGGCGUCCCACCAGCAGCAACGCACGCCUCCGCACACGAACCAGGCCGCUUUCAAUAGCGGCGGUGCCGGUCCGUACUUUAACGCCUCACCCAAUCCCUCUGGCUUCGACGCAGGCUACGGCAUGCCGCGUGGUGACAACGGCCCCGUCGGUGAUGCGGGUAUGCAACCGCCCGCCUUUGGACCGUACAAUGGCGGCCCGGCCCCGAUGUACGGCAUGCAGGGCCAGGCUGGCCCCCCAAUCGGGGUCCAGCCGAUUCCGUACCAGCAGGGCAUGAUGGGCGGUCGUGGUGGCAACCCGAACGUUGGCGGUGGGUUCUACCCUCCCCAGAUGCAGGCCGGGUUCGGCAACUUUAAUGGAUCAGGCGCUCCACCACCAGUUGACGCGUACCGCGGUACCGGCAUGCAAAACGGCAGCGGCGCGGUUCAGCCACCUCCUAUUGGCGGCUUGGCUGGCCAAGCACCCUAUGUGCCUCCUGGGUACAAUAUGGGAACGCCCUAUGGAUACGGUGGCCCACCACCGCCUUUUGUGCCUGAUCAGAUGGGCGGCGCAGGUGGCAAUGGCAGACGCGGACGUCCGGGACGCAACCCGAACCGCGACAUCAGCCCGCGCCAGUUCCACUGA